UGUGCGUCUUAUCUGCGGUUCUUUUGAAAGAAAUCAUCGUUUUCGUUAUUAAAUAGCACUCAAAAGAACGCGAUUCAAAGCUUAACAAACAAAAAUUCACGCGUCCGUUAAAAAGAAGGAGAAGAAGAAGAAGAAAGGUAUUGCGCGUGGGAUUGUCAAGCCUUUAGCAGCGAUAUCGCGGUACCUGGAACGCCUGGGACUGUCCUGUACCGAGCGGGAGCUGUACAACUACUACGACCCUACGACGGUCUUCUAAAAGCAAGAAUCGCAAAAAGUUCCAUCGACCUCCAGCCACUCUCAGCAGCGUAAUGAACAAGGCGGCUGGAAUCGAGCAAGCCUUCGAGAUGCGCCAGCGACCUCCACAAGAAGGCGUGCCCGACAUCGCAAUCCUGAAAUACCCAAGCCGAUAUUCAAACGAAGUGCCCAUCAUCCCAGAUUCAGUGGUCUAUUUUGGCAGCGGGGCUGCGGUGAUCAUGGUCUUUGCAGGCCUCUGCAUCAUGGCCUACAUGCUCAUCUUCAGCGAAGGAACUAGAGACACAGAAGGUAAGAUGCAAUACAAAUCCGCAGGCACAGCCACAUGCAAGGUAGCAGCUGUUGAGGUGCCAUGUCAGCAAGGAAGAGCUUGGUGUCUAUACUCGGUGACAGGCUAAGAAUGCAGUUAGCUCUACUGCCUCGGUGGAUCCGAGGCAGAGCGCCAGCCUACAAAUCCCCAGGUGGUGGGUUCGAAUCCCGAAUGAGGU